AUGAAUCGGAGCAACGACAGGCGGGAGCGGUCCAGUGGCCGGCCAGGGCUAUGGCCGGGGAGGGACCGAGCUCAUGUCGUGGUCUCGGAGUCCCAGAGGUGGCUCUUUAUUGGGAUUUAUGAUGGGUUUAAUGGCCCGGAAGCGCCGGAAUUCCUUGUAGAGAAUCUUUAUAGAGCUGUGUUUAAUGAGCUUAAAGGCCUAUUUUGGGAAGAAAUCGAGGAACAGGAGGAAUCCGCUCAAGAAGUGGCUUCCAAGGAAGAAGAUUCAAGAAUUGUUAGGAAGUUAUGGGAGUUUCUAGAAGAAAGGGAGGAUGAUGGGGGAGUGGAGUUCUCGGGGUCUGGUAGGUUCACAUUCUCGAUGGCGAAGUUGAGAAGUGGAUUUGGAAGCUGGAGAAAGGAAGAGAAGCCGAAGGUGGUUCAAGAAAUUAGGGAGAGCAGUGAGUGUAGGAAGAAGAGGAGGAGGGCUGGGCCUGUGAGCGACCAUGGAUUAGUUCUCAGAGCUCUCGAGAGGGCCUUAGAAUUUACGGAGAAUGCUUACUUAGAGAUGACAGAUAGAGCAAUUGAUUGCAACCCGGAGUUGGCAUUGAUGGGCUCGUGCCUUUUGGUGGUGUUGAUGAGGGACGAGGAUGUGUAUGUAAUGAAUUUGGGGGAUAGCAGGGCGAUUGUGGCUCAAUACAAGGAGAUGGGAGGAGAAGAAAGGGAUGAAACUGGUGGAAGAGGUGAAGAGAAUGUUGGCGAAGUGGAGAUUGAGGCUCCGGAGCGAGGGGUGAAGGAACUCGCAGCUUUGCAGCUGUCAACUGAUCAUAGUACAGACAUUGAAGAAGAAGUCCUCAGAAUAAGGGAAGAACACCCAGAUGAUGAUCAGUGUAUUGCUGGUGACAGAGUGAAAGGGCGUCUAAAAGUCACUCGCGCUUUUGGGGCUGGAUAUCUAAAACAUCCUAAAUGGAAUGAAACAUUGCUAGAAAUGUUUAGAAAUGAGUACGUUGGAACUGCACCAUACGUGUCCUCUUUGCCUUCUCUUCGUCACCAUAAACUGAGUGCUAAUGAUCAGUUUCUGGUCCUUUCUUCGGAUGGCUUGUAUCAAUAUCUAAGCAAUGAGGAGGUAGUUUUAUAUGUUGAAAAUUUCAUGGAGAGGUUCCCAGAUGGAGACCCUGCACAAAGUCUAAUCGAGGAGCUACUUUUCCGUGCUGCCCGAAAAGCUGGAAUGGGCUUUAAUGAGCUACUAGACAUACCGCAAGGAGAUCGAAGAAAGUACCAUGACGAUGUAACAGUUAUGGUUAUAUCACUCGAAGGAAGAAUAUGGAAGUCAUCAGGGAAAUAUGUGUGACGUGCUCAAGAUUCAGCAACCGCGACAAAAGAAAUACAGCUGCCUUCAGUCUAUUGCUGAAUUCAACUCUUGAUCUGGUCCAGAGAGAGAGAGAGGCUCUCUCUAUAAUGCCUGUUCAAGCUAAAUUAUCGACUGACUAGGACCGCAUACUGAAAGCUCGACCGCCAUUGGCUUUGCCCUUGUAAAUGUUGCCCAUAGAGAAAGAGGGGGGAAAUAUUGGUUUUGGGUUGGGGAUAAAAAGUUGGGGAAAAGAAAAUCUUUCCAGGAGGAGCAUAUAUAAAUUGUUUUAGUUUCGGUUUUUCUUUUUC